CUGCGUAGCAUCUCACAGUACGAGUGAGAAACUGUUGCGUGAAGACCUCUCCACAGAUCUCUGCCACACUGCAGGACGCCACUGGCAUGUCGGGGCAGAAACAGUGUCCCAGUUUGUAAAAUCCUGCUCCCAAUAUCUAUGCAAUAAUAAUUCCAGUUAUUCCUGCCGUAGAAGAGACACAUAGCGACGAAUACUACAAGAUGAACAAGAUUGUUUUGAGAGAGUCACCACUCAGGACGGCUAUGCUCAUGACAGUCUCUGCAAUAGCCGGAGGUCUUCUGUCUUCAAUAAGUUUCACACCUCAAUAUUUCAGCUUAUCCAGACUCAGAAGCCCGUUUAUCCCAGAAGACAUCGCCGCUUCACCCACGAAGCUUCACAACCACAGCUUCAUCCCAGAGGAGGCGCUGCAGAAGGUGGCCGAGGCGCAGAAGGUGCGGGUGUUGUGUUGGGUGUUGACACACCCAGCGACUCACUACACCAAGUCAGUCCACGUCAAGGCCACCUGGGGCUCCCACUGCGACAAGCUCAUCUUCAUGAGCACCAAGAAUGACCCGAAGCUUGGAGCCAUCGACCUGGGUGUUCCUGAGGGAAGGAAUGAACUGUGGGCUAAGACCAAGGCUGCCUUCACCUACGUCUAUAAGAACCACUUGAAUGACUACGAUUGGUUCUUCAAGGCGGAUGCCGACACGUAUACCAUCAUGGAGAACAUGCGUUACAUGCUCUCGGUAUAUGAUCCCAACUUCCCCAUCUACUUCGGCUCAAGAUUCCGACUCUUCACCAAAAAGGGCUACAUGAGUGGAGGUGCCGGAUAUGUGCUGAGCAGAGAAGCUGUGAAACAGUUUGUCGAGGUGUCCUUGCCUAACAAGACGCUGUGCAGUCCAUCAAUCACCGGAAUCGAGGAUCUCGAAAUGGGAAUAUGCUUGAACAAUAUCGGAGUUCUGGGAGGAGACUCCCGGGAUGGUAAGGGUCGAGGUCGCUUCUUCCCCGGCACCCUCACCAGCUACUUGUUCAACGAGCUCCAUUUCUCAUUACUCGAUUACGCCUAUUACAACCUCAACACGGGCCUCAACUGCUGCUCAGACUCGGCCGUCUCCUUCCACAACAUCGACAUACGCAAGAUGUACGAGAUGGAGUACCUGUUGUACCACCUGAGGCCCCACGGCGUCUGCCCCAAGCAUCCCAUCCCAGCACCUCUGCCCCCGGAUACGGACAGCGUCCCCUCUCAAGUGUUGAAGAUGCGCGGGGUGACGGCCACUGUGGGAGCAGCGCAGCGCGGGAUAAACACCUACAAGCCCUAGACAAACAUCAAUUUUCCUGUCCAAUAAUACUUAAUAUAGACCAUAUUACCUCUAAUGAGACAAUCAACUCUGUGCUGAGUUCAGGUCACCUCAGUGCUCCAGGGGCCAGAUUCACGAAAGCACUUACGAACGUGUACAUCUUUCAUCAAUCUUUGACGGCUUUGUUUACAUUUAUUAAACAAUUUACAAGCAUGAA